AGGGCUGGCAGGAAAGUGGGGCAGGGGUGUGCUGGGGAGAAGGGGAAGGGCAGGUGCUGCGGUGACCAGUGAACCAGCGGGGGACCCUGUGCCAACCCCAGACCUGCUUGCCAGCCUGGAUCCAAGACUCUGCUGCCCUGGUCCCUUGGCAAAAAGCUCUGCCCUUGGCUGCACAGCCCUGCACAGCCUUCCCCGGGCAAGGAAAGGCUGGAGCAUGAGCCUGGUGGGGGAGAAGGGGAGAGAGAAGACAACAAGGGACAGAGGUUGUGUGGAUGCAGCAGCCCAGGGCAGAGAGCCCGGUGCAGGCAGGGAAAGAGACCGAGCAGGCAGGGGCUGUGGGCAGGAGGAGAAGCGCUCAGCUGAGGCGGGAAGGAGCUUUGGCAGCGGCUCAGCCCUGACAUCACCCGGUGCUUUCGAUUUCUGGGGAAGUGACGGAGCCGGAGCCUCGGAUCCUGUGCAGCAGCUGGAAGAGGCGCCAUGGCGGAGCAGCAGCCCACGGCCGACAGCCCUGCAGAGUUCCGCAUCUUCGUGAAGACUUUGUCUGGCCAAAAUCUUGCAGUGCAAGUGUCUCUAGAUGACACCGUGCAGGACCUUCAGGUCAAGCUGAGUGCACAGGACUCCUCCCUGGGCCCUGAAACAGCACGUGUGAUCUACAAUCAACAAUGUAUGAAUCGGGACCUGACUCUGCGAUACUAUGAAAUCAAACCUGACUGCACGGUGUUCUGUCUAAGAAGAUUGCGAGGUGGUGGUAGUCCAGCUGUCGAAAGUCAGCUUCCAGGUAAGGCCAUGCCCUGGUACAAAGAUCAUGGACCUAUACAUCUGCAAGGGAUGGACAUCAAGCCACGGCAUUUUGACCUACGGAAGCUGGUGGCAGACCCUCAUGAAUCUCUGCCAGCCAAGGGCUCGGGGAGCGCAGAGGCGAGCUUUCCGUCGAUGAACCUGGGCUCAUCACCGCAGGGAACGUGCAGGAGCUGCACAGGGGAGGUACUUCCAGAAGUGACACCAAAGAUAACCCGAGGCUCUGGGAAGACCAUGUACCAAGCACACCUCCCUGGUGAAGGCAUCUUCCGGUGCUCCAUCACCGGCCUCAGCUUCGAGGUGAAGUCAGCAGUGACCGUCACCUACAGAUACGCCACCUGGACCCAGCACCUCAGCAGGGAUGACCAGGAAACGUGGGUGCCCGCCGGACCCCUGUUCCACAUCGUGGUGCAGCCCGGCAUCGUGCGGGCGGUGCAUCUCCCCCAUUUCAUCUGCCUGGCAGAAGACAUAGAUACCAACCUGUGCUUCAUUGCCCAUUUUGAAUCUGGGAAGAUGACCCUGCAGAGACCAACAAGACUGAUUGCCUUCUCUGCUGUCCUGGAGAAUCCCAGCUUCUCACUGCUCGGGGUGCUUUGGAGGAGGUUACGUUCAACCCUAAAUUCAUUCCCUAUGCACUCCUUGGUGCUGAUCUUCCACCAGCUCAGUGCUGCAGACACAACUCUUCACCUCUACCUCAUCCCAGAUGACAACUCUGUGAAGCAGGCUGUUGAGAAACAAGAAAGGAACUGGAAUUCAAAACUUAUUCCCAAGCCUCCUCCAUUUAAUCCUCUGUUCUUCGGUUGCUCUUAUCGGGUGACCAGUACAAGAUUCGUAGAGAUAACACCUGAUACAGAAUUGCCAUUUUGCUACAAGAGUCCAAAAGAACAGCAACUCUUUGUCGAGAUCUACAUCAGGAACAUGGUUGAGGAAAUGAGUUUCCUUAUGACAGACACACGCAGUGGCACCGAGGUCUGGAGGGCAUCACUGAGAUCAGGUGACAUUAAUCUUCUUGACCAUGCCUCCAAGACCAUCUCAGGUGCAGCCUUUGUGAAGAAGCACCAGGCUGAGCUUUGCUCCAGGAUGAGGCAGCUCCCCACCAUUCUGCAACACUUACGGGAUGCAAAUGUCAUCAACAGUGAUGAAGAAGAGGAGUUGCAAGGACAAGAUACAAAUAAGAGGAAGAACCGAGUUUUGCUGGACCUCGUUAAGAAGAAAGGGCUGAAGGCCCAGGAGCAGCUCUACCAGAUCCUCCAGAUAAAAGACCCCUACCUCAUCGCAGACCUGGAGAAGUCCACCUAGGCCAAGGACAGCAGGCUGCUUUUGCUGCCAUUCUUCAGCUUAGAGGAGCAAUGGAAGGGCAGUCAGGUUUACCAGCACCUGAAUCCUGAUCUUUCAAGGGAAAAUCCAUGGUGCAAAGCAACAAGAAGCCUUCUGAACCACCCGGUUGCCAGCGGUGGACAACUAGUGCCACACCAACCACUGGUGAGAAGCUGCUGGAAUAAGAGACCUUGGUUCCUAAGCCAGUGCCAAUACCUCAGACCUGUGUGCCCCCUGAGACAGGGCUCGGCCUCUCCAGAAGCUGCAGGCAGCUGCCAGCACAGGAGUUUCCAUCACAACGGCGACCUCCAGCUCAGCCUCCCCAUCCUCAGCGUCCAGGGACAUCUCCGGCAGCUGGAAGAGGGGAGCUGCAUUUCCAUGCACAGCUGUCUGCACCGCCUUGUUCUCAUGCGCAAGACACAGCAAGCCACGGGUGUUGAUGUGAACCCCUAUCAACAUCAAACCUUGCACUCAUUUCCCUCCAGCCUACUUUACCCAAAUGACCCAAAUUCACUGAAGGGCCAAACAAGCAGCCUGACCCCUGCAGCAGCCAGGAGAAGGAGCACCUCCCAAAGAAACCCCAGAAAAUAGCAAAGAGAACAAAAGUCUGUGGCUCUUCAGGGAAAGUCUGACUCAAUAGCAGCUGCUCUACAUUCAAAGCAAGCCAACAGGUUAAUUUUAAAUCACUUUCUUCUCAUCUAUAAGAUCAGUUGCUUUCAGGAUCAUGUGGAUGCCUUCACCGAUCACAUCCUGCUGCUGCUGAAUGGGCCAGCCAGGGCAGGAGCAGUCUGCUCUGGUGUCCAGGAUCUCAGCAGAGAUUUUUUGGGUCAAACUCAGGUGAAAUUCAGUUGCCGAAGCAGAGACAACAACUUCUGGAUGCUCAAAGUAACUUGCAGGGAGUCUUCUGUGAAAUGGCCCCCACGACAUGCUCUGUGACUUUGUGGGGUGGAAGGGACACUGAACUAUUGGUCUAUAUUUGUUCCUUCUUUUGCACACCUGGAGAGCACAUCGCUGCAGAAACAUGACAUAAGAGCGUGUCUCUGCCCUGUUAAGGGUCAGGGAUGAGUUCAAUUACUACACAACCAACUCAAACUCAAGGGGAUCAGAUCCCAAAACUCUAGAGUAAUAAUUCAAAUUGCACAUCUUCCCAUUCUGUGUCACAGUGAGGACUCUCAGGGGCACCCAGAUGAUCGCUUACCAGGUAGCUGAGGUGUAUCAGUCCCCGGGGAACAUUCCUUAGACAGCUAGUCCAAGGAGGAGAGUCUUGAACUGCAUACCCACUGCUCCCAGCACAGCAACUCAAAGGGGGUUCAGUAGCUCCAUUUACACCCUGGUGGAAUCUGAGCUGUGGCCACUUAUGGGAGUUGUCCAGAAGCGUCUCUCAACCAAGGUGCCUCAUUGGUCAAAGGCCUUGUCUGUCGACCAAGGGACGUGUGCAUGACCAUAAGGGUCCAUCAACCUGGAGGUUUCCGUUGCUCUCGGGUGGGGUGGGAACGCAUCUGCCAGGGAACCAGGAGAACAAAGUGGGGGCGGGCAGGAAGGUGAAGAACAGGGGCCACUCAGGUAGAAACCGGGUCCGGUCUGGCUGAGCCCUGUGCCUGGUUACCACAGUCUGUCCUAUAUUUAUAUUUCUCAUUAAAUGUUUUCUUAACUAUU